GGUUCUUUCAAAAUAGGCACGGUAGAGACGAGUACGGCUUCAUCUACUAUGAUGAAUCAGCCGACAACCUACAAUCGGCAGGGUCAGGAGCACUAUCGACCGAUGACGAGGCGGACAUGAUCAAAAGUCCGUACGAGACUGCGACCAAUGCCCGGAAAACAAACCCCUUCAUCGCGCUUACGUACUGGUGGCGCCUCUUGUUUAUGUCUUUCCUUCUUGCCUUGUUCAUCAUCAUACUUUACUACCAUGUUACGCUGGGUUUCCGUACUUCUUUCAAAGACUUCAUGGACAGUCAGACAUUUGGACUCCGUUUCUUCCUUGCUGCGUUGGGUGUUAUCAUCAUCUUUUGCUGGGAGUCGAUUUUCAUCAGUAAGCAGCCCCGACUCCGUCACCAGCGUGAAUGCGGACCGAUGCUAACGCGAAUGCUAGGUAUCGCCAUUGUCAGUCCAUAUUAUCACAUGGGCCGACGUUCUCAACGACCAGAAUCAUCAAUCCUUCUAACACGCCCCACAAACGGAUUCUACGGCAUUUACGCCGCGAUCCUUGACGGCGACAUCGUGCUGAUGCUGGCAGCUUUCAUGUCCAUAAUGGCCGAGUUCCUUCCGAUGCUGUUGGCCAAUGUGCCAUACAACUUGACUCAAACACUCAGCUCGCACAACGUCUGCUCUAUCAUCAGUAUCACAAUCUUAGUGCUGAUGAUGGUGGCUGUGGGGGCUAGUUUAUUCAUCAAGUGGCCUGAAAUGCCAGUCGACCCGCGAAGCAUUGCCGGGGCGAUGUAUUACGUCAACGAAAGCCGUAUGUUGGAUGACCUUGAAGGUCUUUCGCAAUUGUCUUCGUUUGACAGGAAAAAGAAAGUCGGGGAACUGGGACGGAGGUACUUUUACGGCGCUCUGACAGGGAAAUACGGGAUGCGUAUGGGCGUUGAGUCAGUAGAGAGUGUGGAAGACACUGUGUAUACUGGAGCAAAUUGGCUUCCGCCGCAUGAUGACGGGAGCAACCGGGAACAGGAUGCUUUGGUUCAUCAUGAUGAAGGUACAAUUAGUCCGGAUGAUGAUCCGAGCCCAAGGCAGACAACAAAUCACGAAGAAGGGGGCUGGGUGUGAUCAUUCAGACGGGAAGAAGAGGUGUUGGAACUCUGACUUGAGUUCAUCAUGUGGGCAGUACACACUGCUCAUCUGGACCAACGAGGCAAGCAAUCAGGC